AAUUUGACGACCAACACAACAACAGCAGUUGAACACGUUCGAAAAUAAUGGCUGCGUUUUUCGAGGCAGCCUGGAAAUUGUUGACGGCAUUUAAACACUAUAUUUACGCUGCAACUGCACAAGUCGUUCAAACUUUGCACGCACUUUUCAACUGACUUUUAAGCAAACAGUUUGCUUAUCAACGGAAAAUGGCUAAAUUCAACCUUUGUCAACGACUCUUCAUCGUCCAGUUAAUUUGCAUGACAAUAUUUUUUAAAGAGAGCAAAGGAAUAUUGAAUGUUAAACAUAUUUGCAAAGUAGCAAUUAGAAGCCUAGCCAGGAUACCGUCGAAGCUGGCAGACGGCGGCCAGUACGCAACUCAAAAGGUGGCCGGUGCGGUGGGCGCUGUCGUUAAACCAAUAAAGCCCUUGAAGAAAAUGGUGGACGCGACCGGUGGAGCUGUAUCCAAUGUGAUGGGAACCACCAGCCGAUUUCUGGGAAAACAGGUGGAAAAGCCGCAGGAUGUAAUGUUCCUGUACACCCGGCCACUCAACCAUCUGGGCACAUCAAGGGACUACCAGGAGGCACUCCGGACAGUACUUGGGCACGCGCUCUACAAUGUGGUGUUGCACAAUGACGAAUUUGAGAAGGCGGCCAAAACGAAGCCAAACCUAAAUAACAUGCCAGUGCUUAAGUCGGUGGUGCUUAAUCUCAAGAAGGCCGGCGCGACCGCGUACGACAUUGCAGACAUCGUCAGUGUGUUAGGACGAAACGGCAAACAGGACCUUCCCGUCGAGAUCCAAACACAGGUUCUUGGCAUACUAAAAGAUCAACAGGGGAAUUUUAAAAGAGAUGGGCCCAUGACGGAAAUACGUUGGAUUGCAAUGCACCCGUAUGGAUUUUAUCGAAUGAAUGACAAAGAAAGAACUGAUUAUAAACUGAAGACGAAAAAAAAAUACUCAAGGUGUACUGUUUUACACCCACCAAAUUUUGAAAAUUCAAAUGAAUAAUUGUAUGCAUUGUUUAAGACUCUCUAAUCUUAAUCGAUGGAAUAUGAAUUAAUAAAUUAUAUUUAAUUUAAUAAAUUAUUUAUUCUUGAAAUAAAUGUAUAUUUUGGUGAGUUUUA